AUGUCAACCUCAAACACGGCUUCACAUUCUGCCUCGCCAGCUCCUGAUCAGGCUAAGAGGCGUCAUGUACUCACCGCUGUCGAACGCCAGCGCUCACAACUUGAACGACUCCUCAAGGAUCCCUCGAAGCCUGCCUAUGUACCUCCUGCACCGAAGGAGAAGACUAUUCGCCCGGCUCGCGAGAUGAUGAAGAAUGUCCAGGGAUCAAGCGCUGGUGCUGGGAGUGGCGAGUUUCACGUAUACAAGGCCAGUAGACGCAGAGAAUACGAACGACUGAAGAUGAUGGAAGAUGAAGCAAGAUUAGAAACUGAAACAGCAGAGUUUGAGAAAAAGCGGAAAGAAGCCGAGGAUAUAGCUGAAACCAAGACAGCCAAAAACCGAGCCAAGCGUCAAAAGAAGAAGGAAAGAGCAAAAGUCAAGCCAUCAGAGAAAGGCGACGGGAAGGAUGGCACACAAGAAGCUCCAUUGAAGAAGAGACGAUUGGUGAAUGGAAAAGAGCUCGUGUUUAGGAAACCUGGGGAGGAGAGCGACGAGGAAGAGGUGGAUGACGCUGAGGGACACGAUAAACUCGGUUUACCGAAUGACUUGGAGACAGAGCAGGUUCCAACCGAGGAAGCACCCCGAAUUGCACAGGAGCAACGAAUAAUUUUUCACGAGGACGACUAG